AUGGCGCUGGUCGCAUACUCGGAUUCCGAGAGCUCGGACGACGAAAAGAUCUCAUUGCAACCUAAAUCUGACAAACCCUCGACGAAGACUGCGACCAACCCGAACACUACCUUUACCAUCAACAAAGCAAACCCUAGAAAGAUCCAAGUCAAGCUACAAGAUACCCCCGUAAACGGCAGCUCGGAUGGAGAGCCUGCUCCGAAGCGGCCUCGAAUUGGUGGCGGCGGUGGAACAUUCAGUGGCUUCAACUCAAUGCUGCCUGCGCCCAAACGAGAUGCCGAUGCAAAAGCCCCUCCGAAGGCUGCUACAAGGAAGGUCUUUAGCCUGAAGACUGGCGCCGAGCCUGGAUUCAGCAGAGAGGCAGAUGAAGAGCUACGGAGUCUAUUUGCAGAACAAGAGCACCAACGGCAUACUGCGGACCCUGAUGCCGACGAGACCAUACCUUCAGUCCCAAAACGAACAGAACCCGCCACAAACGGACCGAAGCAACCAGCAAUACAAGGAAACCCCUUCAUGUUCAAACCCCUCUCCGUGGCAAGGAAUAACAAGAAGCCGAAACGAAAAGCCAACGGUCCGAAAUCAGCCAUCACGCAAGGGCAAGAUGUGCCCACACAAUCUGGGUUGGGGGAUACAUCGUCUGCGACGGUCCAGGUGACUGAGCCUGCCCCUCCGUCGAAGAAAGUCAGUCUCUUCUCGAUGGGUGAAGAGGCACCGACGGUGCAACUGCCGCGAGAUACGUCUGAGGAGGACGAAAUCGUCGAAUUUCUGGACGAUGCUCCUGACGAGACAUUACCCUCAGCAACAGAAGGUCCUGUCGAUGAACCAGCGCACUACCAGCCUCAGUCCCUCGAUUCUAUUGCUUCCGAUCUGAAUCUCUCCAAAGCAGACCGGCGACAGCUUUUUGGUCGCCGCGGCCAAUCAGGCGGUACAGCCAUCAACGUAGUCAACUUCAAUACGGAUCAAGAGUAUGCGGCGAACGAAGCACUGCGCGCAAGCGGCGAGCAAGUGCAACACAAUCCCGUUCGAGCCAUCGCUCCAGGCAAGCAUAGCCUGAAACAGUUGGUGAAUGCGGCUACUGGGCAAAAAGAGGCACUUGAAGAAAGCUUUGCGAGUGGCAGAAGGAAUAAGAAGGAAGCUGGAAGCAAGUACGGAUGGUAA